AUGGAUCCUGUCAUCACCAGCUGUGAGCAGUCUAACCCCCUGCAGAGUGGUGGUGAUGGUCUCAGCUCCCACGUGGACGGUCAAGGCAGGAAGAAGGGCGGGCAAGCCAGGAACUCCAGCGGCAGCCGCCUGGCCUACAGCGUCCUGGACAUCCCACCCUGGUACCUCUGCAUCUUCUUGGGGAUCCAGCACUUCCUCACGGCCUUGGGCGGACUCGUGGCUGUGCCCCUCAUCCUGGCCAAGGACCUGUGCCUGCAGCAUGACCCCCUGACCCAGAGCUACCUCAUCAGCACCAUUUUCUUCGUCUCUGGCAUCUGCACUCUCCUGCAAGUGUUCUUAGGAGUCAGGCUGCCCAUUCUCCAGGGAGGGACGUUUGCAUUUGUGGCACCUUCUCUGGCCAUGCUCUCACUUCCUGCCUGGAAGUGUCCUGAGUGGACAUUUAAUGCCAGCCUGGUGAACACCAGCUCACCUGAGUUCACAGAGGAGUGGCAGAAGAGGAUUAGAGAGUUGCAGGGCGCCAUCAUGGUGGCCUCCUGCGUCCAGAUACUGGUGGGCUUCUCAGGACUCAUUGGGUUCCUCAUGCGCUUUAUCGGCCCCUUGACCAUCGCACCGACCAUCUCCCUGGUGGCCCUGCCUCUCUUCGACUCUGCAGGCGAUGAUGCUGGGAUCCACUGGGGCAUAGCUGCCAUGACCAUCUUCCUCAUCGUGCUGUUUUCUCAGUACUUGAAAAACGUCUCCGUGCCGGUGCCCGUGUGUGGACGGAAGCAGAAAUGUCAUACCUCCACGUUCUACCUCUUUCAGGUCUUCCCUGUGCUGCUGGCCCUCUGUAUCUCCUGGCUCACCUGCUACGUGCUGACCAUGACCGACACUCUCCCUUCGGCCCCCACAGCCUAUGGGCAUGGGGCUCGCACUGACACCAAAGGCGACGUGCUGAGCCAGGCCCCGUGGUUCCGGGUCCCCUACCCAGGACAGUGGGGCGUCCCCACCAUCAGCCUGGCCGGGGUCUUUGGCAUCAUCGCGGGAGUGAUUUCCUCCAUGGUGGAGUCAGUGGGUGACUACCAUGCAUGUGCCCGGCUUGUGGGGGCACCAGCACCCCCCAAACAUGCCAUCAACCGUGGCAUCGGCAUCGAGGGGAUAGGCUGUCUGCUGGCUGGAGCCUGGGGGACAGGCAAUGGCACCACCUCCUACAGCGAGAAUGUCGGGGCACUGGGCAUCACCCGGGUGGGGAGCCGGGCGGUGAUCGUGGCUGCGGGCGGCGUGCUGCUGCUGAUGGGCGUGUUCGGUAAGAUCGGGGCUGCGUUCGCCACCAUCCCCACGCCGGUCAUAGGGGGCAUGUUUCUCGUCAUGUUUGGCAUGAUCACGGCCGUGGGCAUCUCCAACCUGCAGUACGUGGACAUGAACUCCUCCCGGAACCUCUUCGUGUUCGGCUUCUCCAUCUACUGCGGCCUUGCCGUUCCCAACUGGGUGAACAAGAACCCCCAGAGGCUCCACACAGGCAUUCUCCAGCUGGACCAGGUCAUCCAAGUGCUGCUGACCACGGGCAUGUUUGUCGGCGGGUUCCUGGGCUUCAUCCUGGACAACACCAUUCCAGGAACUCCGGAGGAGCGUGGUCUCCUGGCAUGGAACCAGAUCCAGGAGGAGUCGGCGGAGACAGCCACGGCUUCCGAAAUCUACGGCCUCCCCGGGGGCCUGGGCACCACACUCUGCGUUUCCACCUGCAUCCGGCGCCUCCCCUUCUGGCCUCGUUUUGAGGGAGGCACGAAGAGUGGGGUGGGGGUGAGCCAGGUCACCCUCUGUCCCCCUGACUUCUCAGGAGACCACCCCAAAGAUGAGCCAGAGACCAGGAUGUGA